AUGCAACCGAUCGGUGGACGACGGUCACUCGAUCUUCCGCACUGGCUACCGCUGGUGGUGCUGGUGUACGGUACGAAGCUCAUCCUACAAGCAACCGGUGAGAUUGUGAUUUGCAACUACGAAAAGUUCCACCUGUUCGACAGCAUGUACCGACCGCGGACGGACAACUUCUGCGUGUUUAACGAUGUGUACCUCGGCAGUGAUGUGAAGGGUGCAGACUUUUUGGCGAGCAGUCUCGACUAUAAGCGUGUCGCGUUUGCGAACUCCAAGUUCCCGCAGGUGCCACCGUCGCUGUUCAAGAACUUUGACGAUAUCCGGGAGCUGUACGUGAGACGCUGUUCGGUGGAGAUGCUGAAGAUUACGCGCCUGCUGGAGAAAGUGUACGCCGGUGGCAAUCGUAUCGAGAGUGUGCAGCUGGAUGGGAAUGCAUCGAACAGUUUGCGUGAGCUGUACCUCGAUGGCAAUAGACUGCACGGGCUCGCUAACCUAACCAAUCUGCCGGCGAUAGAGGUGUUGGUGCUGGAGAAUAACCCUCUACUGGGCAAUGUGGAUUUCGCCCAGUUCGCCCGUAUGGAGCGUCUGUGGAAGCUCGAUCUGGAGCGGAUCGGUAUGAGCCGGAUCAGCAAUGGGCUGAAGCGACCACUGACCGAACUGCGACGACUCGAUCUCUCCAACAACGCUCUCACGUACGUGCAUGUGCGGAUGUUUCGCACCUUCCCGAAGCUUGAACAUCUCUGGCUGCACGGCAACCGGUUGUACUUUAUGGAAGCGGACCAGGUGCGGGUCCUGAUGCCCUCCAUCCGCAGCAUUGUGAUCGAUGAUAAUUUUUGGGGCUGUGGACAUCUGGCACUGUUGGGGAAGCAGUUGCGCGACCUGGGUAUCAUUAUACGCCACGGUAACUGUCGUACGGAGCGUGCCGUGCAUCGGGUGUGCUGUUCGGACGAGACGGACGUGGUCGAUACGCGAUAUCUCAUCGAGAUGGGCAUCAGGCACGAGACGCGCGUUCAGCAGGACGUGCGAGAACUGAGGGCGGAAAAUGAUUUCCUGCGGCGAGAUUUGGAGCGACUGAAAGGGAUGCUGGGGGAGCUGAUGGCAAACUUUACACGGUCUGUUGCGGCACCGCCGGCUAAUGCGGAGGUAGCAAUGGAUGCUGAGGAGUCCGGAGAGCAGCCGGAAAGCAAUGCAACGUCUUCAUUUGAAGAGUACGAAGAGGAUGGAAGUGAAAAGUGA